AGACAGUGGAUUUCCCUGGAGGUCUGGAGAGGCCCCUGCUGGGGACAAGCCCCUCGUGCUUGCUGAAAGCGGUGGACUGGGCACCGAGCUAGGAUGGGGUGGUGAUGCCAGCCCUGCAGAGCUCCCCAGACAUUGCCCCAGGGCCAGAGCUCCUCCCAGAGGGUUAUUGCAGCCAGGAAGUGGGCAAAGGUUGGGGAAGUUGGGUGUAGCCUUAUGCUUUCUGCAGCUCAGCUGGGUGCUGUGAGGGACCUCUCUGUUGGUGGGGCUUCCUUGGAGAAAAACCCCUGGGGUCCGCUUACCCCCUGGGGGACCUCUCUCUCAGAUGGGGCUCCACUGGGGCUGUGGCCACCCCAGCCUCACCGGCCAUGCCAGGGGCCUCCUGACUUCCCUCUUCACUCUGCUCCUCCUCCGCCUGGGCUCAGCCCAGCUCAGAGUGGUGGGACCAGGCCACUCUGUCACUGCCACCGUGGGGCAGGAUGUUGUGCUGCCCUGCCACUUGUCCCCUCAACGGGAUGCUCGCACCUUGGAGGUCAGGUGGAUCCGGGGUGAGUUCUCUGAGACAGUGCACCACUACCGCAAUGGAGAGGACCUGUACGGGGAGCAGACGGGGGCAUAUGUCGGGAGGACAGAGUUGGCCAGAGAUGGUCUCUCUGCUGGAAGCCUGGACUUGCGAAUCGUGGAGCUGAGACCCUCUGAUGAUGGCCAGUAUGUCUGCACUGUGAAAGGUGCUGGUGCUUAUGACGAAGCUAUUGUGGAGCUGGAGGUGUCAGCCACAGGCACUGACCCCCACCUCUACCUGGGGGGCUACGAGGCCGGAGGCGUCCGGGUGCUGUGUCGAUCGGCCGGCUGGUACCCGCUGCCGCAGCUGCUGUGGAGGGAUGCUCGCGGGCAGCAUCUGCCCUCGGUCUCCCAGACACAUUCCCAGGACCAGGAGGGGCUCUUUGAAAUCGAAGGUGCCGUCACCGUGACCGGGAGCGUGGAGGGGCCCUUGUCCUGCGUGGUCAGGAGCAGCCGCCUCCAGCAGGAGCAGGAAUCGUCCCUGCACAUCACAGCUCCCUUCUUCCACAAUGCCCAGCCCUGGAUGGUGGCUCUGGCUCUGGUCCUCAUGCUUUUGGCUGUGUCCAUUGGCCUCGGUGUUUAUCUCUUUCUGAAGAAAGGGGCACAGAGUCGAGAGCUGGGUGAGUCCUUGCAGUCCCUGCCCCCAGCCCCUGGGGAAGUGGUGUCCCUGCGGGAGGGAAUGGGCUGGGUGGGCUGUGGGGGCUUGUGUGCUGGUGUCUCGGGGGUGCUGGAGGAGCAGCUGGAGGCUGACGGGGGAGUGGGGAGUGCUGGGGCUGGGGCUGCCCUGGGCACAGGACACGGCCGGGAUGGCUGAAAGGAACGGGGAUCAAGGUGGGGAUGGGGAGCGAGAUGUGGGGAAGCCACACACUGCACUGACACUUCCGGGACAGGGACAUUCUCCAGCAAUCCGUUCUUCACUUCCUUAAUGGCUUCGGUGACACAGCCGUAAAAGCUGCACAAGUGUCUGUCCUUACAGUUCCACUUACAAGAGCAUUGUACAAAGAUGGGCCACAAUGACUAUUUCUUUGGUCCCACCUCUGAGCAAG